UAAUAAUUUACCGAAUAGUUUACUCAAUACAAGACAUAUGAUAUUGUAUUUUGUUGGCCUAAAUUAAAUAUGACAUACACGCACCAAUAAGUUGGAUAGGAGUAUCAUAUCUUGUUCAAAAUAUGAGCAACAAAAGUUCUACACUCUCGAUUUAUGACAACAAGGUGGACACGACAUCCGACGAUGACAACUCAAGUAAUUGUUCACAAGGUUUUGGAGAGUAUAUCAUUCAAGGCAGCGAGGAUGAAAAAAUUCAAGUGGAGAAAAUUAAAGAAGCAAUUGCCAUGAAUGGGAACGAAACUCCACCAGGAUAUAGUUACACAGAAUUUGACGAAAUGAAAGAUACCACAACGCAUUCUGAUGAUGAAUAUCAGACAGAAAAGAAAAGUGUGAAUAAUCCGAUUGUCGUGAAUAGGAAUUCUGCUGAUCCUACAGGUGAUGCUAGGGCAAGCAAGACCUCUUUCAAAAUGCAAGCCAGAUUGUCAAGAAUGCUAGAGAAUGCAGAUACAUCUUCUUCGUCUGAUGAUGAACUCUAUACAUAUACCCAAGACGGCCAGAUUAACUCAGAGGAAGAUCUAACAGCGUUAGAGGAGAAUUUACAGAAGUACACUGCUGAUAUACCGUCUGAUCCAUUGGGAACAUCAAGACAAGAACGUAUACCCAUGCAUGUACCAUCGAAAGGCAUAGACCCUGAUGCGCUCAUUGACGUGAAAUCGCGUUUGAAGAAAGUGAAAAAGACAAUUUCGGGGGGUGGUUAUGUGAAAGAGCAAAGUCCAGCGACAAUUUGGGAAUUGAAGAAAAACAAACGCGAUGCAAAACUUUUGUUGAACAAAGCACAGGCAUCGAAGCUGAAAGCUGGAUGGAAAGUCAGGCAGUGUUUGCACAAUUUACCUGAGGGAGAGACUGUGAACACGCUGUAUCUUACACUUGUGAGAAAGGGAAUGCUGAAGGAGGUCGACGCUCUAUUUUCCCUCGCGAAAGUGGCGCGUGCGGCUAAACCACUCAAUAAAAAUUUCAAAGAUGCAGACGAAAAAUCGGCAUUAACAAUUGCCAUAGACAACAAAAAUGAAACGAUGAUGACACGAUUGUUAGAACACGGGGUAAAACUGGACUUGAACAUUUUCCACGCCGUCGAAGCAGAUUUUAUUGAAGGAAUGAAGAUAUUGAUGUUGUAUGAUCCUUGCACGCAGGCUAAAAUUGCUGAAGAAAAUCCUUAUUUUCAAAUUGGGAUGACUCCGAUGUUGUUGGCGGCUCAUAAUAACAACUACAGGAUGUUAUCAUUGCUGCAUGAAUACGGCCAUCAGUUACCGCAACUCAAAGACUGGAGUGAAGGCAUCCAAGAAGCAUGGGAAUCGGCUAAUGAAAGAAGAAUGAUUUGUGAAGCAAGAGCACAGCCCGCAUUCAUCACAUUAACUACGGAAUUAAACAGGAUGAAUCCAAUGAAGUACUGCAUGCAGGAAAUUAGAAAAGUACGAGUUUAUGCAAAACAGGAACAAGAGUUCAGUAAUUUUUAUAAAGGAAUCAUUUCCAAAAUUGAAGAUUAUAUGUGCUCAUUACUCGAUUUUAUUUGUUCUUCGGAGGAACUAGCAAAUUUGUUUCAAUUCGAAUACUUAUCACCCUCCCUCAAACCGCAAGAUAAGUUGAAACGUUUUAUUGAAAGUACAAGAACAAAAAGAUAUGAACUUGAAAACCGGUUUAAAUUAUUGGAACGUGCAAGUAAAGAGGAAUUAAUUCGUUUUGUAACACACCAGCAAUCUCAGCUCGCACUGACUUAUCUACGUUUUCGAUCGUUGCCAUUUUUGCAAAAUAACUUUAUCUCAAUACCCAUUGGAUUGCUCUUUCCUGUUCUAUCACUGCUCUACGUCUUCGCACCAAACACCGUUCUCGGAAGCAUCAUCACACUUCCAACGAUAUCAUUCAAUUGUCAUAUGAUUUCGGAUGUUGUUUUUGCAAUUUUACUUCUCCUAAAAAUUGCUCUGAAGGAUGUUGAUCAAGAUCGCUUGGGUGCUGGCCCCACCACUGUAGAACUCCUAAUAUUUAUUUGGAUUCUCGGAAAGUGGGUUCAAGAAAUGCAAGAGUGUAUAAACAGAGGCCUAAAGGAAUAUCUACGUGAUAAAUGGAACUACAGUGACCUUCUGAUGCUUCUUUUAUUCUCAACAACUAUUGGGAUUCGGAUAUUUGACAUGGUUUACAAUAAGGACGCAUCUACAUCAAUUGAACGAUCAGAAUGGAACCAUUUUGAGCCUAGACUUAUAGCAGGUGGAUUGAAUGCGUGGGCAUAUGUGUUUUUCUUUAUCAGAUUACUUGGGCUUAUGAGAGUAGAUCGAACACUAGGACCACUGCAAAUAUCUCUUGCAAAAAUGCUGAACGAUAUCAUACGAUUUCUCUGCAUAUUUACCCUGGUUAUAUUUGCAUUUGCCUUCGGAUUAAGUGAUCUGUACUGGUAUUACGGAACGAAAGAAGGUUCGAAAAUGUUUUGCGCAAAAGGAGUGAAUACGGCAGUUCGGAACGGAUCAUGCAUUACAAAUAUCCCACCUUUUACCACCAUGCCUGGUGCAAUUACUCAAUUGUUUUGGGCACUCUUUGGUUUAUUUGAACUUAACAGCAUGUCACUGGACGGAAAGCACACAUAUACGGAAUUUGUAGGGAAAACUUUGGUAGCAACCUAUCACGUCGUUGCAAUUAUAGUGAUGUUGAACAUGUUAAUUGCUAUGAUGAGCAAUUCGUACGAUGAUACAAGAGAGAAUGAAGAAACAGCCUGGAAAUUUCAUAGAACAUCCAUGUGGAUACGCUUUAUUCGCAGGGAAGUUGUUCGACCUCCUCCUAUGAAUCUGUUUCCCAACCCUUGGCGAAUACUAGAAAAUAGUAGACGAUUCAGAAACUUCGUUAGACGAAAAAACUGCUGUAAAAAUCCAUUGACACGAGCUAUAUACGACAUCAGGGGUAGGCGAGUAAACAGGUCUCGUUCAAUCAAUGAGGUACCGGUAUUAAAAACAAUGGGAAAAGGAGUCGGCGAUCAAGAAAAAGUUGAAUUGACUGGUGUGAGAAACAUCAAUGACAGAAGACAAUUUGUCGAUGUUGAUGGGAAAACGAAUUCGAGGCCAAACAAAAUUAGAAGCAGAAAUGAAGGCUUUACUAUAGAGGGCCUUGAAGAAGCUAGAAACGCCGUGGCUGCUGUUUUUAAUAUUAAAGGGCCAAAAAGCGUGUCAAUGCGACUUGUUCGUAGAUAUAAGUUGAAGCAUCUCGUUAAAAAGCGCGUUGUUGAAUCUCCUUCGAUUAUUUAAUAUAUGUAUAAUAACUAAUCAAAUGUAAGUUAUAAUAUAAUUUUGUGAAUAUGAUACUUCGGGACUGUUAACAAACAAAUAAACAGAGUAAAUUACAAAAAAUACCAUCUCAAACUAGUAUACAUUCUUGAUUUAUCAUGAAGGCGGAGGGCCGAAAGGGCACUGUGGAGUCCGGAAAAAGUUCCAGCUGGAAAGAACAUGAAACGCAGCUCUUCGAAACCCGAGAAGCUAAGAACGUUGUAUGUAACU